AAUCCUGUGAUUGGUCUAUGGAUUCCGAUUGCCAGGAAUUAAGGCCAAGAAAAUGAGAAGGAAGGAAGGGAGUGCAUAGGUCCAGUGAGGACAGGGGUGAAGUUUAUAUCUCUGCCAGGGACUGGGUGCCUGCACGGCCAUGGACACCACCAGGUACAGCAAGUGGGGCGGCAGCUCGGAGGAGGUCCCCGGAGGGCACUGGGGACGCCGGGUGCACUGGAGCGGGAGACCCCUCUUCUUGGCCCUGGCUGUUCUGGUCGCCACAGUCCUGUGGGCUGUGAUUCUGAGUAUCCUAUUGUCCAAGGCCUCCACGGAGCGCGCGGCGCUACUCGACGUCCAGGACCUGCUGAGGACAAACGCCUCGAAGCAGACGGCGGCGCUGGAUGCCCUGAAGGAGGAGGUCGGAGUCUGCCACAGCUGCUGCUCCGGGACGCAGGCGCAGCUGCAGACCACGCGCUCGGAGCUUGGGGAGGCACAGGCGAAACUGAUGGAGCAGGAGAGCGCCCUGCGGGAACUGCGUGAGCGCGUGACCCAGGGCUUGGCUGAAGCCAGCAGGAACCGUGAGGACGUCCGCACUGAGCUGUUCCGGGCGCUGGAGGCCGUGAGGCUCCAUAAUAACUCCUGCGAGCCGUGCCCCACGUCGUGGCUGUCCUUCGAGGGCUCUUGCUACUUUUUCUCUGUGCCAAAGACCACGUGGGCGGCGGCGCAGGGUCACUGCGCGGAUGCCAGCGCUCACCUGGUGAUCGUUGGGGGCCUGGAAGAGCAGGGCUUCCUGACUCGGAACACAGGUGGCCGUGGUUACUGGCUGGGCCUGAGGGCUGUGCGCCAUCUGGGCAAGGUUCAGGGCUACCAGUGGGUGGACGGAGUCUCUCUCAGCUUCAGCCACUGGAACCAGGGAGAGCCCAAUGAUGCUCGGGGGCGCGAGGACUGUGUCAUGAUGCUGCGCACGGGGCUAUGGAACGACGCACCGUGUGACAGCGAGAAGGACGGCUGGAUCUGUGAGAAAAGGCACAACUGCUGACCCCGCCCAGUGCCCCGGAGCCACGCCCAUUGCAGCACGUGGUAUUCUGGGGGCUGCUCACCUCCCUGGCUCCUGGAGCUGAUCGCCAAAGAGUUUUUUCUUCCUCAUCCAGCACUACUGAGUCUCAGAAACACUCGGCCCAACAUAGCCCUGUCCAGUCCAGCGCCUGGGCUCUGGGGCCUCCAUGCCAACCUCAUCCCAACUCCACUCACGCAGACCCAACCUAACCUCCACUUGCUCCAAAAUCCCUGCUCCUGAGUCCCCAGGAUAUGACUCUACUUCUCUCUCUAACCAAGGUUAGGUGACUGAGGACUGGAACUGUUUGGUUUUCUCGCAUUUUCCACCAAACUAGGAGCUGUCUUUGCAGCCUGAGGAAGCGUCAAUAAAUAUCUGAGAAAUGAAUCCAG